AUGGAUGCAAGCAUAUACAAAUAUAUGAAUGUGGAUAUGCCAUGCAUUGCAUUUAAUAAAUCACCUGUCUGGCAAGUUCCUUGUCUAGGAGCUUCAAUUCCUCGUUCUGAGGUUCAAUCAUUGGCUGCAAAGAGUGAAGCGUGGACUGGAUGUUAUCGAGAAGGGGUUUCAACUUCCUAA